AUGAGUCUCCUUGUCUGUCCUCAUCAGCCCCAGGAGCCUCUGAGCAGCCUAAAGUCCAUGGCCGAGCGAGCAGCACUCAGCUCAGGGAUGGAGGGAGACGUGCCCUCCCUGCACCUCACCCCAGACAUCUUUCCCAGCAGCACUACGGCCCCCUCGGGCCCCCCGUCAGCACCUCAGCCCUCGCUGUCAGAGGUCAGCAUCCCCCCGUCACUGGGGGUCUGCCCGCUGGGGCCUGUUCCCCUGUCCAAAGACCAGCUCUACCAACAGGCCAUGGAGGAGGCGGCGUGGACGCACAUGCCCCACCCGUCCGACUCCGAGAGGAUCAGGUGCA